CAACACUAUAAGCAGUCCGGGUGGAAAAUGUCGCUAGAAAUUAUGUUGGAGCGGUAAAAGGCUGAGGAGACAGACAGACACAGGUGCCACAUUGGAAAUAAUGCCUUUUGGAUUUGUGGGAUUCGGAUUAUUUCUUGUGAUCUCAGCUGGGAGAGCCUUGCAGAGCUGCGCAGAGGAGCUGCCAGUGGCCCCCCAGCAGCCAGUCCAGCGGGAGUCCCCCCUGCUGAGGCCCAAGGUGCUGAUCACCAUCAUUGCGCGCAAUGCGCAGCACAGCCUCCCGUACUUCUUGGGAUGCAUUGACAGACUGGAGUACCCAAAGGACCGCAUUGCCAUCUGGGCAGCGUCUGACCACAAUGUGGACAACACCAGCGCCGUGCUGCAGCAGUGGCUGAGAGGCGUGCAGCAGCUGUACCACUCUGUGGAGUGGAGACCUGCGGAGGAGCCGAGCUCCUAUGCAGAAGAACAGGGGCUGAAGCACUGGCCCAAGUCUCGCUUCAUCCAGGUGAUGAAACUGAAGCAGGCAGCGCUCCGAGCUGCCAGGAGACUGUGGGCCGACUACAUACUGUUUGUGGACUGUGACAACCUGCUGACACACCGGCGGCUGCUGACAGACCUGAUGGCAGAGAACCUGACCCUGGUGGCGCCCAUGUUGGAAUCAAGGACUCUGUACUCCAAUUUCUGGUGUGGCAUGACCCCUCAGGGCUACUACAGACGCACGCCCGAGUACGUCCCCAUCCGCAAGUGGAAGCGUCAGGGCUGCUUUGCGGUUCCCAUGGUGCACUCCACCUUCCUGAUGGACCUGAGGCGCAGUGCCAGUCAGGCGCUGGCUUUCUACCCUCCUCACCCCGAGUACCCCCACCACCUCGAUGACAUCAUGGCCUUCGCUUUCUCCGCACAGCAGGCCGAGGUGCAGAUGUACGUGUGCAACAAAGAGCAUUAUGGAUAUUUGCCACUGCCCCUAAAACAGCAUCAGACCCUGGAGGAAGAGGAGGAGAGUUUCACUCACACGUUGACAGAGGCGCUGAUCGACUACACCAUGGAGCCUUCGCAGUACGUUCACCACACGGCCAAACAACUAGGGAAGAUGGGAUUUGACGAGAUCUUUCUGAUCAAUCUGAAACGCCGGCUGGACAGGCGAGAGAGGAUGAUGAGCACCCUGGCCGCCCUGGGCAUCGAUGUUACUCUGACAGAGGCCGUGGACGGCAAAGCCCUGAACUCCUCCCAGCUGCUGGCGAUGGGCAUCGACAUGUUGCCGGGGUACAAAGACCCGUAUUCAGGCCGCGUGCUCACUCGAGGGGAGAUCGGCUGCUUUCUCAGUCACUACAACAUCUGGAAACAGACGGUGGAGCAGGAACUGCAGCAGGUGCUCGUGCUGGAGGACGAUGUGAGGUUUGAGCCCAGGUUUCGCAGCAGGCUGACAGCCACCAUGGACGAUGUGAAGAGAACGGGCCUUGACUGGGAUCUCAUUUAUGUUGGCCGUAAGCGGCUGCAGGUGACGGAGCCAGAGUCCUGGGUGAAGGGAGUCAGUAACCUCGUGCACCCUGACUACUCCUACUGGACUUUGGGCUAUGUCCUGUCCCUGCAGGGGGCCAAACGGCUGAUAGAGGCCGAACCCCUGAGCAAGAUGCUGCCUGUGGACGAGUUCCUGCCCAUCAUGUUCAAUAAGCACCCAAAAGAUGAGUACAUGCAUUAUUUUAAGCAGAGGGACCUGAGGGCGUUUUCGGUGGAGCCCCUGCUGCUCUUUCCGACCCACUACACCGGCGAGCCGGGCUACUUUAGCGACACAGAGACCUCCACCAUCUGGGACGACGAGACUGUGGCGACAGACUGGGACAGGGACAACGCCAAACGCCGGCGCAAGCAGGAGCGUGAGAGUGGAGUGGAGGCCCGGCCCGUAACUCCCCGUCCUGCCCACAGCAACGUGCCCUCCUUCCUGCCCAGUGGUAACAGAGACGAACUCUGAUGACCUCCGUAGUCAAAACCAGGAGCAGGUCCAGACCAGGUGAAGAUCAGGUCCAAAGGGGGAUCAUGGCCAAGACCAAAGCAAACUGACUCCUACUCAAUACCAAAACAGGCAAACAGGUGUUCACCUUUCCAAAUGUAAAGAUAAUUCUUGAGUGUAACAUCAACAGAGAUGCUCUGCACGUUGUCCUUCAAGAUUAAUUGAAUUAAUGCAAAAGAUCUUGACCAAUCAAUGCACAGACACUCUAAGAUCUUUGCAUACCAUAUGCACAGGUGUAAUCCCUUAAAUUGCUUGUUUAUUGCUGAUGAUUAUAUACAUGGAAUGUGGACUAGGUGGAGAAACACACCUCAUAUAUUUUAAUUUUAGAUUGGUGAGAAAAAGUUGAGUCAGCAUGCAGCAGUGGCCAAGACUGAGACAAGCCCAGGAUGUGAGAAAAGUCUUACCACACAGAAGUAACACACUGUACUUAAAGUUCAUAUAAUACCAUCUUGGGUGUCUGAGUGUUUGAGGCUUCAAUUCGUCUUUCAACAACCCAUUUUUUGGGGGGAUACUGGGAUUAUUAUUAUUAUCAGGAUUAUGAGACAUACAAAAUGGGGCUUCUACAAUGCUACUUUGUAUUAAG